GCCUCGUUUUUGGACUUUAAUCGUUCAGAGACUCUUCGUCGCUUUUCCGAAUCCAAACCCCGUCGCGAUCGGGUUGGUAGAGAGGUCAGGAUCCCGAUGAUUUUGGAGCAGAAUGUCCGCUUAUUUCUAGGACUUGAGUGGUGUAUUUCUAAGUGCAGCGCGUGAACCGAACGUUCCGCGCGUUUUGUUAUUUUGUAACAUUUUAAACUUCGCUGGAUACAUUGUUGCCUCAACGGUUGUUUCCAGCUCAGUGGAAACAGUGUAUCCGAUGGCAGAGAGGGGAUAAAAGAAGACAGGCUGAAAGUUUCCUGGGACUCUCUUUCUGGUGAACUGGAUCAAUGAUGGAAUUGCAAACAUUACAGGAGGCCCUGAAAGUGGAAAUACAAGUCCAUCAGAAACUUGUUGCCCAAAUGAAGCAGGAUCCACAGAACGCCGAUCUGAAGAAACAACUUCACGAGCUCCAAGCGAAAAUCACAGCUCUGAGUGAGAAACAGAAAAAAGUGGUGGAGCAGUUGAGGAAGGAGUUGCUGGUGAAACAGGAGCCUGACUUGAAGCUGCAGACACUCCCAGCGACCGCAGAUGGUAAAACCGUGCUGCUGACGCCGGCCUGUCCCCCUUCACAGCUGCCCACAGGGCCUCCACACAACCAGGGGGCGCCACAGAAGACUCUCACCGUGACACCGGUCAUAACUGCAAAGACUCUACCUCUCGUGCUGAAAGCUGCCACCUCCACCAUGCCUGCUUCCAUGACAACACAACGCCCUACAGUCGCCAUGGUCACUGCCAUCAGCAACCCCCCGAGACCCGGCGCCAAUUCCGACUCCCAGAGCACACCAAUCAACCUUCAGGUGGCCAGCAAGCUACCCAAUCAGGAUACAGAUGCGGGCACACGGAUUGUGUCCAAGAAUGUUAUCGUCGUGCAGGCCACCACCACCUCUGCCCAGCCUAUCAGAGUUCCCCAGUUUGUCCCUCCUCCUAGAUUGACGCCUCGACCCACCUUUCAGCCACAGGUUCGACCAAAACCCCCCACGCCCAUCAAUGUGCCCAUCGCUCCAGCUCCUCCUCCCAUGGUCGCGGCUCCUCUAAUCCAGCGGCCCCUGAUGCUCACCACCAAGCUGAUGUCAUCUCUGCCUGCCUCUGCUGGGCCCAUUCAUCAGGUCCACAUCGUGAACGGACAACAGUGCGCCACCAUUGACAAGACCACGACUGCAUUCACGAGUGGCACCACGCAAGUCACAGGCAUUGUCAUCAGUCCUGCCCAGACACUUCAGAUCAGCAACCUUAACUCAGACUUGAAGACUGUGAAACCACAGGGAGGACCAGAACAGGUGGUCACGAGUACACCACCCUCAUCCUCUCCUCCAGCUAAAGUCAGACGUGAGGAGAGCCCACAGAAGCUUGCCUUUAUGGUGUCUCUUGGGUUGGUGACACAUGACCAUCUUGAAGAGAUUCAGAGCAGAAGACAAGAACGUAAGAGGAGAACAACAGCCAACCCAGUGUACAGUGGAGCAGUGUUUGAACCUGAGAGGAAAAAGAGUGCCGUCACUUACUUGAACACUCCACUGCAUCAAGGCACCAGGAAGAGAGGUCGCCCUCCCAAAUACAGCACCACCACCAGCAGCACAGCGGUGCCGGAGCUGGGCUGCAACCCCCUGCUCUCCCCCACCAGCAGCCUUCCCGCCUCCCCAGCCCCUGAGCGGCCUGACACGGGGGCCUUUCCCCUCUCUGUCCACCCUCAUUCUGUCCCCCAGCCCAGCCCCAGCUCCGGGGAUGGAGACAUCCAUGAGGAUUUCUGCACUGUGUGCAGACGCAGUGGACAGUUGCUCAUGUGUGACACAUGUUCGCGCGUCUACCACCUCGACUGCUUGGACCCACCCCUCAAAAACAUUCCCAAAGGCAUGUGGAUCUGUCCUAAAUGUCAAGACCAGAUUCUGAGGAAGGAAGAGGCCAUUCCAUGGCCAGGAACCCUAGCAAUCGUCCAUUCCUACAUUGCUUACAAAGAAGCGAAAGAAGAAGAGAAGCAGAAGUUAAUGAAAUGGAGUGCCGAACUAAAGCUGGAACGAGAGCAACUAGAACAGAGAGUGAAACAGCUCAGCAACUCUAUAACAAAAUGCAUGGAGACCAAGAACAGCAUACUUGCCCGUCAGAAGGAGAUGCAGGUCUCUCUGGACAAGGUAAAACACCUGGUCUGCCUCAUCCAGAGCUUUAACUUGAUUCAGCCCAUGGAGACGGACAUCCUACAGGAUUCUAAACAGGACUUCACAGAGUUAGGGAGCAUCAAAGACUCAAAGGAUGCUACACAAAUGUGUGUGCAGGAGAGUCCCACCGAGCCUAGCGUGCAAGUACCAGUCGCCGUAGCAGUUCCCGAAGUGAAGGCAGAGCCAGAGGUGGGCGAAAUGGCAGAGCCAGCGGCCGCAGUCACGCCUGAGGCUGCGUCAGGUGAAUCGGGAGUUAGUGUCCCGGAAGUUCCCAAAACCACAGUUGGCGAGGAGAUGAUAGAUACAGCAAAAAUGGCGGAGCCUGUGGAAUCGCCUCAGGCCAGGGAGGUAAAGACUAAUGGAGGAAUGGACUGUGUUUGUACCGGCUUGAACCCAGAAGAAGAGAAGGGUGUUGUCGAUGCCGCAGACUCGGCGGACUCUGAGAACAUCCCUCCCAAUGACAGCAGUUGUGUAGCGGAUGCUGGGAAGAUGGAAGUAGAGCUGCAGGAAGAUGGAAGUCAUGGCGUGAACACCAACAACGGCAAAACCUCAGAACCUUCUCAGCAGGCUUUGCCAGCCCCUCUAAGCAGCGUGGAUAACCCCAAAUAGUUCUCAGUCUCACACUAAACACACAUCACCAAAACAUUUAAACAGAUUUCCUAUUGCACCUUGGACUGGUGCACACAGUUGCCAAUCUAUACAUAUAUCCAAAUAAAUGUUGUCGUUUUUUUAAUUUUAUUUCUUUUCCCUUUACUUUCUUUUUUUUAUUGGUAAAACUGUGUCAACAGUACUUCUACAUCCCAGGCAAACUAGUCUUGGUUCUUGUAGACUAAUAGAGCCCAAACUUGUGGGUGAAAAGGGUGAUUUACAAAAGAGU